AUGAAAGCCGGUUGUACCGGAACUUCGAAUUUUAUCGAUGCUGAGGCAGACAAACGAUGUUUAGAUUUAUGCAACUUCGACAGUGAUUUCCCUAUUCGAAAGGAUCGAUACAGAGCCGCAGCGAUCGUGGAAAGUGCCUGCUCUUCGCCUAAUUCGUCAGAUUGCGAAGAUGAAGAGUACUGUAAUGUUGAGAUUCCUGAUUGGGAUGCAUUAGAAACUUGCGAUAACAUGAUUCGUUGUACUCCUCCUUCUCUGACAGAGUCUACAAAUACUCCAUCUACACUAUCCUCGAUACCUGAAACCCAUUUGUCUUCAGAUAAAUUGCCCCUAUCUCAUCCCCUGACAAGAAAUGAUGCCGAUUCCAAUGGCUCUUUACCUACUGGAUCCCAGUUUUUGAAAUUGUUAGAGCCUGAACUUAGUAACGUCUCAUUAUUAUCGUCAACCAAGUUGAGCAAUCUCCGAGAUCAUAUUCAAACUUCAGAGCGUCCAAUUAUACAUCCGGAGAGGCCUCAUAUUCAUGAACAUUUUCCUCCCUCUGAUCCUAACCAUCACUACCAUCUACAUUACCAGAACCAUCUGAAUGGCAGUUUGGUCCAACAUGAUCUCAUUCUUCCUUCAAAUUUCCCCUUUCAAUACCAGCAAUCUCAUCAUUGUGCCGUUCAUGAUCAUACAAAAGUCGCUGGAAAGUACCAGAACCCCCAGUCAUAUCCCGAGCACCAGCCGACCCCCAAAAAGCAGAAGCAGAGGCCACUAGUAUGCAAGUGGGAUGAUUGUAAUUCUACUCUUUCCAACUCGGACCUCAACAAACACAUGUUCGAGCAGCAUUUUACCCCAGAUUGGUUACAUCAGGAGAAUCCCGGUCAGGAUUUCUAUCAAUGUGAAUGGCUAAAUUGUAUGUUCACUACAAAUGAAUUAGACAGGUUAUUUGAGCACAUUGGUGACCAUGGAAGUGGUAACCAUCAAGAUGCACCUAAGUUGCCGGUGGAUUCAUUUGAUGAUUCGGAUUUGUCGAUCCUUCCAAUUUCUGAGAUCUCGGAGGAAUCUACAGAAUCUCAGGUCUCUCAUAUUUGCAAAUGGAUCGAUCCAAGUACUCAUAUCCUGUGUAAUAUGGAGUUCAGCGAUACAGGCAGCCUUACUAACCAUAUCAUUAGUGAGCACAUUAAAUCAGGCAAGUCUCAGUAUAUCUGUCAGUGGGCCGGAUGUCCUAGAUCGGGUCGUCCAUUCGCCCAGCGACAGAAGAUUGUAAGACAUCUCAAUACUCACACAAAGCAUAAGCCAUUCCAAUGCUCUAUCUGUGGUAAGAGAUUCUCCUUGGAGCUGAUGUUGCAGCAGCAUAUUCGUAUUCAUACCGGUGAAAAACCCUACAAAUGCAGAAUAUGUGGUAAGCAUUUUAAAACUUCAUCCUCACUUACUAUUCAUUCCAGAAUUCACAGCGGUGAUAAGCCUAUGGUUUGUGGUGUAUGUGACAAGAGAUUUAAUGAAUCUUCAAACUUGAACAAGCAUAUGAAGAUUCACAGCCGGCAGUUUAGGUGUGAAAUCUGUUCAAAGAGCUUCGAUAAUGAGGGUAGAUACAUGAAGCACCUCGCAGCGUGUGAGAAUAAGCACAGUGCUAUGAGAAAUAAAUUACAAUGUGAUUGCUGUAAUGAUUCAGAUAGAAAGAUCAAUGAAGAGGAAGAGGAUGGUGUACUGAUAAAACAGGAGGAUGGUAGUAUUUAA